AUGUUCCGAAGUCACUUGGCCGAAAGGCAUUUUCAGAGCGACGUCGGGUACAAGUGUCUGCAUGCUCAAUGGCGAGACAUGGGGCGCAAGAAGAACGCUGACUACAUACAUGUCUACAAUGCCACAUUUGAGCCGGGAAGCGAGAUCGGAGACCUCAUCAAGCAGAUCCGAGCUGCGGCUGCCUUUCUGAACAUCAAGCUACGGGAGAAGAGGCUGCUUCAGCUCUUACCGACUCGGGCUCAAACUGACCGUGAAGAUCUACCGGACGUGGAUUCUAUUGGUCCUCAACAGGCACUGUCCCAUUUUCAGAACAUACGCCGAUAUGCCUUACCAACCCGGGCACGUGUGAUCAAGCCUUCUGUGUCGGCGGUGCUGCCCGUGACGAGCCCUUACUUCUCAGAUCCAACAGACGGCUACCAUAAGCUAGCAGUGACGAGUCAUGGCCAAGUCUGCCUUUUGGGUCACAACGAAAACCAAGGCGAAAGCACAGAUAACGUGCAGGGAACCUCGGACCCCGUAGUGACUAGCCACGGCAAACUCUGCUUGUGGUGUUACCACGAAAACCAAAGUGAAAGCACACACAGCAUGCAGCAAACUGAGAGCCCCAAGGUCACUAGCAAGGAUAUGGAAGAUCCGGAUGAGAUUGAUGACGAAGGAUUUCCAGAGACGGAAAUUCCGCCUCUUCUUUACAGAUGGUUCAACGAGGACUCACAAGGAGCUAACUGUGAGACAAGAGGUCCACACUCGGCCAAGGGAUUUGUGUCGGGUCUUUUUUGUCAGGAACCGUAUUUCAGCAAUGAUGAUCUCACCGAUAGUCAGUUGGAAAACUACUUCAUCACGCAUGUGAACAAGCUGAAGCAUGCAACCCCGUUUAUUUCGACAUCUGAAUCCCCAUUGGCGCCGAUACAUAGAGCUAUCAAAAGCUCAAAACUUGCAUAUCUCGCAGUGAUCGAUACGACAAAGAUUAAAACACGGGUCUUCCUGGCAAACCCAAUUGCAAAGCAGACCGACACAUUCACAAAAAGGUGGGAGGGCAAGGGGGAAUACCUGAUCUGGGGGGAGGUCCCUCGAUGUGCUGUCGCUUUUGUGUUUCCAGUGAGCGAGAUUGAGAGACUUGCAGCACAGAACAGGGAUAUCGGUCGUCUUUUAUUGUUGAGGAUUCUCCGCAGAUCACGAUUUUGCGAUCAAGUCCUGCGGUUUCAGCUCGCUAAACGCAAAAAGCACCCUUUUAAGUCCGGGCGAACCCUUGGCAAGUUUCUUAUGCUACUUGGAUUCCCCCGUCUGUACUGGGAGGACUUUGCACGCCGAUUUAUGUCAUGCUGGGGCUGGCAUAAAUUGGAAGAUCAGGUUGAAUUUCUCCGUGGGCUCAAAAGUGAGAUUGAAUAUUCCGAAGAAUUGUCAGACUCCGAGUCAGAGGAAACACCAUUCCAAAGGGCUUUUGAUAAAUUGCGAUCGCCCGCGUCUUCGGACAUUGAGUACGAACCUUCGAUUAUCCCAGGGGACUCUGACUCCUCGACUGUCACCCUGGAGGCGUGGCCAGAAUCACCAAAUGCUUCUGGAAUUAUGGAGAAUCGAACUGAAACUACUGACGAUGGUCAUUUUUCUACUCACGAAAGUAUGUCGAGCUUUGGUUUGUUGGGAAUUUCACUGAAUUCUUCACCUACGAAUGUCCCGCCAACAAAUAUUCACUUUCAUGAACCACCCCCAAAUCGUGGAGGUCACGUUUCUGUUGUUAUCCCCCACCAGGCCAGAGGUCUACAUGCUUCCAACGGACAAGACAUUGAAGAUCUUAUGGUUCUGGAUGAUGAUGGAUGGACCUCGCUUUAG